CAAUUUCAGAUGCAGGCUUCUAAGGGUCGGGGUAGAGGGGUUUUAGCUCUUCUGAACUGUAAGACUCCAUUAAGGAAACCCAAGGCCUUUCAGAUUGAGACGAGUAGUGUUCACUGUGACAUUGAUACCAUCACCUCCCCAGAAAUCAAGUACACAUCUUCGUGGGCAGAUUGUGAGACAGACACUGGGGAGGGAUUUAGGGAGGGACAGAGCCUGAUGGUCAAAUUCACCUACAACGCUAAUCAGGAUACCCCAUUAGACGAACCUGAAUUGUCCGUCAGACAGAAAGACGAUGUCAUCUUCAUCAAGUACAACCCACAGAACAAGAUGUGGUGUAAAGUACGAUUAGGGAGAAAUGAAGGUUAUGUCCCCUCGUCAUACCUCAUUUCUACAGAACAAAAUGACAGAUUGCCAUGGCUGAAAGCCCCUGCUGCUAUACCACAAGAAAAAGUUGAAUACAAGCCAUAUAAAUCAGCUUAUGCUAGAGAGACCCCUAAAGAGACAGAGCCUGCCACCAGUUACAGAUGUGAUGUCUGCUGUAAAGACUUCAAUGGACCUCAACCAUAUACAAUGCAUAUGAAAAGCAAGGCCCACAAAGAGGAAGUAGAGGCCCAAGAAGGGUAUUAAAAUAUGUGAAGGGGACCCAGAAAGGGUAGAUAAGAAGUUAAGAAUUAUGAGAUUAUAUUUUGAACAAGACAUAUCAAGAAAAAUAUCUCAGGUUGAUUUUGCUGUGGUUCUCAGGUUAUGACCAAGUAAUGCUAAUGAUAUUGUAGGAGCAACAUGAACUAAGCAAAUUCUUUUACAAUUUAGUUUUGUUAUGUACGAUUUUUGCUUUUCAUUUUGUCUGUACUGAAUAGGAAGAAAAUUUACAAAAGUAACAAUAAGCAGUAAAAGAAAUUCUACUUUUUUAUACCCCUUGCUUUUCAAGUGAAGUGUCUGUACAUCUGUAAUGUUUUGGGGUGGCCAUCCCUUAUCUGCAUAUUUCCCUAUUUUACUGAUUUAGUGAGACUUUCAUUCAUCUUUGUUAUUGUUCACCUAUUUUUUGCUUUUCAAUUAGACAUAUAUUGUGGGCUUCCCAUAACAAAAAAGGACACUGCCAUUCUUUCUCCGAUAUUGGAGUAGUCACCCCUUAUGUGAAAUAUUUCAAAACUUUUAGGAAUGUUUCAUAUUUCUCAUAAAAGUAAGUGAUCUCCUUUUAUUCCUAUUAUAUAAAUUGAUGGGUUUGGAAAUUAAACUUGAAUAUUUUUUUAAACGAUUUUUUAUAUUUGUUGAACAUGUUCGUUCUUAAAGAGUUGUAAUGAAUAUGACUAUGUUAAAUUUUGUAUACACUAGAAUAACAUCUAACUGUUUAGAGAAAUACCUGGGUAAGAUAUGUAUUAGAAAGCUUUGUGAAUAUUUCUAGUCAAGAAUUUAUGGUUAUAUACUGUUACCGAGUACCUGGUAGCUACUGAG